ACAGUAAUUUGACAUACUUUGCAUUUGACAAUUUAAAUAAAUAAAUUAUGUCAUGUACAUCAUUUCGAGUUAAUUGUUGAUUUUUUCAAAAAGUAGAACAAUGCAUUACAAAAAUGGAAACUGAUGAAGUUGAAGAAUCAAAAAAUCUACUAUGGCAAGAUUUAUAUAUGAAAGGGGAUGAUCUCCAGAAGUUGAGCGUAAUUCAAGCUCUUCCAACAUUACUACAAACAGAUCGCAAUGGCACCGUCACUAGAAUUUUGCCGAAAAUUCAACAAGAACUACCAGUUAAUUCAUCAUCGGAAUUUCAUUUGGUUACAAGUAGAAUGUUCAAAGUUCUUAUUGAAAUGAAACUCGAUAUGAAUUUAAUGCGUCCAGUUUUUCAGGGUAUAGAUAGUAAAGAUCCUAUUGUGGCAAGUGCUUGGAGUGAAACUUUACUUGAAGUCAUUAAAUGUUUAUCAGAUAAUAUGCUCAGAACUGAUGUAUUACCAUUUGCAGUUAAACUAUCUCAAUUAAAUAGGCCUACUUUUUAUAGAAUAGUUUCCUGUAAGAUUCUUGGACAAGUAGCCAUUCAUCCAAAAAUAACACCUUUUGAUGUAAAAAAAGACAUAGUUCCAUUGACACAGAGUCUAUGUCAAGAUUGCAUGUAUGAAGUUAGAGCGGCUAUGUGUUCAGAGUUACCUAAUAUAGCCAAAGGUAUAGCAAAUGAAAUCAAUGUUAAAAUCGCUCUUUUACCAUGUUUAGUAGAAUUAUCAAGUGAUGAAAAUAUGCAAGUCAGAGCAGCAGCUGUAGAUGCAGCUGUUCUUCUCAUACCUUUUUUAAAUGCAGAAACAAUUACAUCUACAGCAAUACCUUUAGUAAAACAACUAUGCAUUCAAUGCGGAAAACAAGGAGAUCUAACAUUCCCAUCUGUAGCAAAAAUUUAUGGCAGAUUACUAACCAAUUUACAGACACACUUAUCAGAUGGAGACCGUGUAUGGUUCUUAGAUAAUUAUAAAGAAUUGUCUAGAAGAGGAUUAUCAAUAGAUAAAAAAGAUGUUGAAAUAGAUCCAGGAAUGACAGUAACAUGCAGGGAAUACUGUGCAUCUAAUCUUCCAGCUGUGACUCGUUUUGUUGUUACAUUCCUCAAAUCAGAGAUGAAUAAAUGGUAUUCUAUUUUCAAAGAUUUGGCUGGAGAUCCUUGUUAUAUAGUAAGAAAAAGUGUGGCUGUCUGCAUACAUGAAAUUACAAAAAUAUUGGGAGCUGAGAGCAAAAAAAUUCUGCCUGAUUUGCUAAAACUUAUUCGUGACGAUUCUGAAGAAGUAUUGGAUGGGUUAGUACCAAACAUAGGUACCACACUAGUCCUGUUCACUAACGCAGGUUUACUAUCAAGAGAAGCAACAAGCCAAUCUACUCUCGAUAUUGGCAGAGCUUUGUUAAAAUGUCAAGUAGAAAUAUAUAGCAACAAUAAUUGGCGUAGGAGGAAAGCAUUCUUACAACAGUUGGAGAAUUUGCCUACUUGUAUGCCAGCAGAUUUUAUCCAUCAACAUUUUACACCCGUUAUUAUGAAAUUGACAAUAGAAUCCCGAGCUAGACCAGUAAGGACACAAGCAGCUAGAACACUUUUGAUUUUCCUCAGAUAUAACAUAAAAGAAAAUCAUAGAAAAUGGAUCCGCGAGAAUUUAAUCAAACUUUUAUGCAAUUCCAAUUCUUGUUAUACCAGGCACAUAUUCAUCAAUAUGUGUUAUGAUGCUAUUAAAAUAUUCAGCUGGAAAUAUUUCAAGGAACAUUUCUAUUUACCUCUUCUUAGUUUGGGAGAUGAUCCAGUAUCGACGAUACGCCUUUGUGUCGUCAAAAUAUGUCCAACUUUGAAACAAAUGCUUGUGAUGCCCAUUGACCGUAAUCUACAAAUGAAAUUGGAAAAUUUCGUUUCAAAAAUUGAAAUGUUGGAAAAAGACAAAGAUGUGAUUUCUAUGUUAAAGCAAAAAUUGAAAGAAAUGCGAUCACCACAGAUCAACAAACAAGAAUGUUUACUGGAAGAAAAAAGAAAAAUAGAAGAAGAAGAAAAAAUAAUGUUGGGAAAAUCUCUACCGAAUUCUUUAUCUAGAACUGAACAAGAAAGCACAUAUUUUACAAGUAGACCUGGAAGAGAUAAUAACCAUCGUCGGUCUUUGUCACUUCAAAGCCAAAGUUCUAGCAUAAUAUCCAGGGCUCAAAGUGUUUCAUCUAAUGUGAGCGAAAUGAGCUUCUUAGAUCAACACUUCUACAUAGACGCAGGUGUAGCACUACCAGAAACUGCCUCUAACUCGUCUCUUCAAGCUAUUGAAGAAAAUAUGUCUCUUCUUUCUGUCGAUAGUCCUCAAAGUCAAGAGGAAAACAUAUCAACAGUUUCUGUUGAAAACACCAACAUUGAAAAUAUGUCGGACGAAGAUCUGCUUGAGCUGAAAAUCUCCACUACUAAUAUUACUGACGAUGUUAAAGUUAAUAUUGAAAAAAAGGCCAGUAGAUUGUCUUCUGAGGGAGUUAAAAAGAGAAAUAAAAGAAAUUCUUGUCUUUUCUCAAGUGAUAUACCAAAAAGUAAUAACGGUGCUUUUUUGAAACGUAGAAGUUUAAAUAUUAGUAGUGGGGAAACUAGUAGGAUUCCAGUAAUAACCAAAAAUGUACCUGAAAAAGUUGGAUGUAAAAUUAAAAUAGAAAAACCUUCGAGGUUAAAAAAGCCAUCAAUGAGAACUGAAAAUAAUAGAAAUAGAGAUGAUAAUGCAAACAUUUAUAUCAAAGCUGUUGGUGAAUUUGAUUUAGUUGAUACAGAAGUUAAGGAAAAUAGGACAAAUAAUAGCAGUAUUAAGGAUAAAGUAGUCGGAAAGCAAAGUAAUGGUGCCAAAGUAUCUAACUUACCAGUAUUAAUAAAACGUGCAGCUUCCAGCACAAAAUGAAAAAAUUGUAUAUUUACCAGAUAAUCGAAACUAGAGGAUUUAAACAACUCCUAACUAACAUCGUUAAUUCAUAUUUUUUAUAGACGUAUAACUUUUAUAAAUUAUUUAAAUUUUUAGAUGUUACUGAACUUUACAUGUAUUUUUUAAAUAUUUAUUGAAACAGAGUUUUGUCAUAUAUUAAUACUUUAAUAGAUUAGUUUUAUAAAUAUAUUAUACAAAUUGUUAAA